CCGGCGCCUCCUUCACCUGAGAGAGGUACCAGAGUGGUUGCAGGUGCCGGCAUAGAUAACCGAGAAAUGUCACAGCAAUGCAGAGGUCUUGAGCAGCGAUGAUCACUGCGGAGCAGAGCAAUGGCCAGUCUGCAGUGCACGAUGGACAGCUCGCACACAUCGACCCGACCGCCGGCCCGCGCAACAAGCUCGUGCGCGAUCUGUGGUGGAUGAUGGCGUCGCCCGGCAUGCUGCGUGAAACCGACGCGACGAGCGCGGCCCGUCCAUUACACGACGCGGUCGGCGCUUCGAUCGUAGGCGCGUCGCAGGGCUGGCUCGCGCGGCUCGACGAGGACCCGAGCGAGCUCGAGGCCUACCUCGCGGCGCCGUCGCGGCGGUCGACGCGGCUGGGCUUCUACGCGCAGUCGCUCGUCGAGUUCUGGAUCGAGCGGUGCCCGGCGCUCCGCACGACGCAACUGCGGUGCGGCCAGCAGCUGCGGCGGGGCCAGCGCGGCGUCGUCGGGAGCCUGAAGUACGUCUUCUGCUGCGCGCCCACGGAUGAAGCCGUGCGCGCGUCCCUCGGCUGCGACCCGCCCGGCACGGCGCCGGCGCCGGGCCGCCGCUGUUUGUUACACUGGGAGCUCUCCAUCAAGUUCUUCGUCUACGUCGCGCCGCCGCAAGGGGCGCUGCCGGCCGGCGCCGCCGCGCGGUACGUCGGCCCCUUCCUGCACGAGAACCUCGACGCGCGCGUCGCGACGUCGGCGCGCAAGCUGCGCCUCUCGGCCGAGGCCGACGUGAGGAAGUGGGCGACGCGCACGCUCGCCAAGGUCGAGCAGGACGACCGCUGCCUCGACCUGCGCGCGCACAGCGCGCUCCGGGGCUUCGUCUUCUACGACCGCGCGGCGCCCGAGUCGAGCGUCCUCAGUGGAGACCACGCGAAGGGCUGGGUGGCGCGGGACAUAUGCGGUGUUCGCGCCGCGGUGCCGGCAGACACGACGCACUUCGUCAUCCUGCCCAAGAGCCACUGGUUGGCGCCGUGCCGCCUGCCGAAAACAGAAAACGGCUACCUCCUGCCGGCCUGCGAGCUCGUCGGCGCGCCGGAGCCGCUGCGCGCCGUGGCCGCCGCGCAUCUGGCAGCGGAGCUCGCGCGCCUCGCGGAGCGCUGCCCGGCGACGCCGAUCAUGGUCGCCUCGCUCCGGCCGUUUGAUGAAGACGCGCUCUACGAGACGUCGCGGGGCUUUCUCCUGCCGGACGAGUGGGACCCGGAGCCGCUGCUCCGGGGCGCGACGACGUGGAAGAAGCACAAGCGCAAGCCGCCUUCAUUGGAUGCGGACGGCCGCGUCGUCGAGGUCGGCGGCUUCCCGUCGCCGGCGCACCCGUCCGUCGCGGGCCUGCGCGUGCGCGGCGCGUUCCGGGACGCGUCCGACGCGCCCGAGGCCGUUUGCCUAGAUGACGACGCUCUAUUGGUGGACGACGGCGCCGUCGAGACCGGCGCGCAGCUGGUCAAGCGCCUGGAGGGCCGGCCCCACGAACACGCGCGAAAUGGGCGCCGCGUCGGCUCGGCGCUUCUAGCC